UUUGACUACUGGGGAAAAGGAACAAUGGUGACCGUCACAACAGCCAAUCCAACUGCACCAACUCUGUUUCCCCUGAUGCAAUGUGGUUCUGGGACUGGAGACUUGGUCACUCUCGGCUGCCUUGCCACCGGCUUCACACCCUCCUCACUGACCUACACAUGGAGCAAAAAUGGGGCUGCCUUGACGGAAUUCAUUCAGUAUCCUCCAGUACAGAAAGGGAACGUUUAUACGGGAGUCAGUCAAAUCCGAGUGAGGAGACAGGACUGGGACGCAAAGCAGACUUUCAAAUGUGCCGUGACACAUCCAGCAGGAAAUGCAGAGGUUGAUUUCGUCCCACCACCACCACCACCACCACCGGUGAUUUGUAAAUUGCCAACUCUAGUGUUGGCCUCCUCUGAGAAGGAAAACGAGGUUACCUUCUCCUGCUUGGCCAGAGAUUUUUCACCAAAUGAUUAUGAGUUCAAAUGGCUGAAAAAUGAAGAGGAUAUCCCCAACAAAAUAUACGAGAUCAAAACAUGUGAUGGAAAGUAUGUGACCGGAACUAGGGUGUACAGUGCAGCAAGUUUUCUUGCAGUACCAUCCAGUGAGUGGACUGAGGACAGUAAGUUCACAUGUGUGUUUGAGGGGAAAUGUGAAGGUCAAAUCACAUUUGUGAAUUCAUCUGUGACCUACAAAGAUAUAACUUGUGAGUAAAUUUUCUUUAAAAAUUAUAUGUAGUUCUAUUCUCAUACUUUUGCAGCCCUUUCUGCUUAAUAAUUGUUCAUUAAUUCCUCACUCAGCACCUGAACAAUGCGAAGGUCAAGUGGAUAUAAAGAUCACUGGCCCCAAAUUGGAAGACAUCUUUUCAAAUAGAAAAGGAACUAUAGAAUGUCAUGUCACGGCAAACAAGCCAUCUGUC